AUGGGGUUGUUUGGCGGAGAAAAGACACCUGAGGCUCCAAACCGCUCGAAGCGAGAGAGGUGCUGGGAAAGCAGAGAUAUAUUCUUCAAGUGUCUGGACAGAAUCGACGUUGUGAAUCCUUUAGACAAAAGUUUGCAAGGGAAAAUCAGCAAGAACUGCUCUAAAGAAGAUGCCCAAUUCCAGAAAGAUUGCGUGGCCUCGUGGGUCAAGUAUUUUAAGGAGAAACGUCCUUUUGAUAUCAAGAAAGAGAAGAUACUGAGGGAGGCUGCAGAACAACAAGCAAACGCUAGAAUAGACAAAUGA